AUGUCUGCGAGACUAGCUGCUUCCUUGGCUGUGAUGUGCUGCCUGCUUGCUACGGUGGCAGAGGCACAGCCAUCUGUCUUCUACGAGUACCUCUCCUACUCGUCCUCUGACACUACCUGCACUGGGUCUUCUAAGAAGUUGGCCGUGGAUGAUGUCUACCUUGCCAAGAAUUCCUUGGAGUCCACUGCUAAGACCGGCAACUGUUAUCCCACGAUCAGCAGCGGGACCACAUACUAUGUCAAGAUGACUUGCAACACGACCAGCGGCGUGUUCAACUUCGAGAGCUACACCGCCUCAGGCUGCACCGGAGCCCCGACUUCUACUGUUUCCAAGGUUGCAGCCAGUGCUCCUUGCGAGAAGGGUACUGGUGGCGACUACGUCAAGUAUCAGGGGUGCGCCAUGACAGAGGCAGAUGUCACUAAAGCCGGCUACACCUACAGCGCUGCUCCCAGGACCCUCACCAGCUGGAGCCUGACGUCCUUGAUUUGUGUGGCGCUAUGUGCUUGGCGAGCAUUUCUCCAUUGA